AUGGCGCCCCGGACACGCCGGACAGCACGUAGUGCAAGUCAAGACUCCACCACACGACGCUCUCGCCGCUUGGCCAGUGAGACCCCUGAGUACGAAGGAGACUUAGCUGUCAUCGACGAAAUCACCUCACGAAACAGUGACCUCGAGUCACGCGUCAAAAUCAACGAGACCAGGAGUGCCACCCUACAACUUCGCGCUGAGGUCACCGAAUCCCGCAACAGCGACCUUGCAUCACACAACGACGACCUCGCGAACCACUACUCAGCCCUUGCAAGCGACAACGAAAAUCUGGCCUCCCGCAUUCACCAGCUUCAACUCCAACGCGACGAAGCCGAAGCACGUGCAAGAGUCCUGGAGGAGGCCGCUAGCAGCAACGAGAGCGUUGCGAAGAGGAAGCGUAGCAUAUACAACGAUGCGAUGCAAGAACGCAUCCAGCAAAGGAUCAAGGAGCGCAAGGCAGAGGCUACCUCCGCUACAUCAGAAUCUCCGGCACAGCAGAACGCGUCCGAAUCGCCACUGACCGCUCGCGUCCGCGUGGCACCUGGUUCAUCCCAGCGCACAUCACGCACUCGCACCGUACCUCGCACUCCAUGUGCUGAGAAAGAGACAAACGCGGCUUUGAAUGAGAACAAGUCGGUCGGAACACCGUUAUCAGCAGCCACAUCGACAUUCGCGCCAACAGACACGUUUGCACAAACGCCAUCCUUCUUAGCCACAGCCAAUCAAGUCACUCCGCAGCAGCAGCUCAGCCUCAGCACACGCAAGGCCACGCCUGCUGCUCAAAAGUCCUUCACUACAACCGAGGAUGCCACUGUCCGAGAGACCUCCCCCCAGGAGUCCUCCAUGGCAUUGACCCAAGUAGCAUCGCCGCAGCAGCAGCAACUCGACCUGCACCAGGUGAACACGACUCCCUUCGCACAAGACACUCCACGCCCACUUUGGAGACGCAUGUUUGGUGCCGCGGUUGGGAUUCUCGGCGAGCUCACACCAGUGUCUCGCAAGCGGGCUGCGACUGAAGACACUCCCACCACUACAGGCAGACCUGCCAAGUCACUGAGGUUCGAGACAUCCUCGCAAGGCACGGCAGACGAACAGCUGGGUCAUGGCUCUGCGACGACUUCACUUACCUCAAUUGAACAACGGUCAUCUCAGCAUGCUAUGGCAUCGCGCGAGGCAGAGCAUGAUCAAACAACAUCACAGAACACCUCAUCGGCGCAAGGAGAACAUGAGCAUGAUGCAGCAGCGGCACAAGGCGCAGAUAGUCCGACACCAUCUCAGUACCACUCAGCGCCCGCGGAAACAUCAUCUGGUCUAGCUCGACGCUCGCCGUCGAAACCAAGGACCCCGUCUCGUUUCCUAAUGCCAUCUACCAAGAACAAGCGAGUCCCAACCUCACUGAGCACAGUCUCCGAAUACACGGAGCCAGAGACCUCCUACAUCUCAUCCUUCACGCCAUCUCGACCACCACAACGCCGCUCCGUAGCAUCUGCUCGUGCCGCUCGCACACAAUCAUCAAUUCCCUGGUCCAACAGGCGCAAAUCCACUACCAGCGGCCCAAUAACCACCUCAUCCGGCCCAGAUGCCCGCUGGGAGAAACUGGAGCGUGUGCGAAACCUCCAGCAGGAACUCAAUCGUCUGAACGCGGAUUCCGACGUUAUUGAGAUGGAGUCUCACCGUCGCAAGCGCGUGAAAGUGGAUUCGUUGGCUUGGAUCCCGCAUCAUAGGCCUGGAGAAUCGUCGGGGACUUUUAGGGUGCCGGAUAUUGAUUCGGAUGAUGAGAUGGAGGUGGAUGAGACGAUUCCGGAGCGGAGUAAUGUCUUUGCUGAGGCGGUGGGGAUGGAAGUGGAGAGGGAGAAGGAGCCGGUGGAGCAGGAGGUGGUGGAGGAGGUGGUGGUGGAUGUCAGUGAAUUUGUGUUCCCGGAUGUUGGUCGUCGGCGAUUGGAUGAGCCUGAGUUAGCGUCUGAGUUGGUUAGGCACGAGCAUGAUCGCCUGGAUCGUGAGUUUCGGUUUUUCUUGGCCGAGAAUAGCCUUUCCUAUUAA